ACUUUUGGAAUUAAAAAGUGGAGGAGGAGAAGUGUUUGUUUGUUUUAGUUGUAAAAUUAUGUGAUGUUAACGAAAAAAAUGGUUAAUUAGAUUUAUGAAGAAUGCGGCAUAGGAAAUCGCAAUCAGAGCAGCUUCUUCCUUCUUAAUCUUCAAAAAGUGGAAGUAAAAUGUCGAAUCCAGUUGAACAAACCCGUGAAGGAGGAGAAGAAGAAGAAGACCCUAAGCCAUCUGAUGUAAACCCUAACGACCAUGGUGAUCAAUCCCAAGAAUGGGAAAUCAUGGCGCGAGCUUGGCUUUGCUCCUUCCCCGAGGCCAAAGCUGGUUCCAUGGAAGAGGUUGAAGCCUGGAUUGAUUCCAACCAUGCCUCUUUACCUGGAAAUCUCAAAUCAAUGCCCCGCUCCGACCUUUGCCAGCGCCUCAUUUCUAUUCAAAAUUUAAUGAGACUUUCCACUCAGGGAAAGGAAGACAUUCAUAAACAACAAGAUGAGGGUGAUCAGGGUGAUCUUCCACACGCUCGAUUUCAACGCACCGACCAGUGGAUACCCGUUUAUUCUUGGUUAGAGUCUCUACAACAAGAUGAGGUUGUCAAGUCUAAGGAAAUAUCUGAUUGGUUAACUGAAAAUCCCACGAUCAGAGAUCAGCUGUGUUCAAGACAUUCUCGUUAUCAUUUAAUGCACUAUAUCAAAAAGUGUCAUUUGAAGAUAUUGAAGAGAAAGGAAAAGAAAAAGGGUUCUCAGCUGCCUGACAAAUCUCCUCUAAAAGUUCACAAGGAUGUUUUUAUGAAACCAGCACUACCUCCACGUGAUUCAUUUAGCGAUCUACCAAAAGACAGUGACAUAUAUUUGACAAAACGAAAGGAAGCCUUUCGAAAAUAUGAAAUUUUAGUGGAGUUGGAGAAGUUGCUUGCCUCCAAAUUUUCCAAGUCUCAAGGAGUCAAUAAUUAGAGAAACCUUGGGGACUGCCAUCACUCUUGAGUUCGGAAUAUGGAUCCAAUUCCAAGUUUGUAGUCAUUGCCAAGUUUUUUACCUUGUUCACUGCUGAAUAUUGUUGCCCCAUUGCCUUGCUUUCUCACUCUAGAAUAGAGUACUAGAUCAGGCAAAUCUAUUAGAUAUUUAACUAACCUAAUAUGUUAUAUACCUCCAUACCUUAGAAAAUAUUGAUAUCCCUUCGAUCAUGUAUGGUGUGCCUCUAGUUCUAUGCGUCAUGUCGAAUUUUAGAUGAUAACGUUGAGAAUACUUUUUCUAUGAUAUUUGAUAUUUCACUUCAAUGUUCAUUGAAUUGAUUAGGCUUA